CAAUAGCUGGUCACAUCGAAAGCUGAAGAGUUUCGCACAGAUCACAGCGCGUGUUAUUUGUGUUUUGCGUACUUUGUUAUAGGCACUAACUUUACACUUAUAACUUCAUUUGCACGGCGUAUUGAAAAUUCCUCUUGGAGUGAUUUUAGAUACGAAAAAACAUAGCGCUGAUAAGCUGAGCGCCAUGAAACCUGAGCACCAGAACAUCUUUUCGCAAAAGUCGCGAUCCUCCCCACACUCCAGCACUGAGAACAAUUCGACCGGCAGUGAUUCGGAAAUGGAAUUUGUGGGGCCAAGCGCACAAGGAAUGCUGAAGAGCAAGACAAAAUAUGAAAGACAAAUAACUGAACUACAGCGAAAGUUGGCUGAGGUUGAAAUAAAUCUGAUGGCCCAAAAGGAAAAGGCCAGUUUGCUUGAAAAUUCCGUCAAGGAUAAGGAUGAUUUUAUUAAAAACCUGCAAUUUUCGAUUGAUUUAGUAACGCAAACCAAAGAUAUGACCAUACAGAAAUUACAGAUUGAAAUAAUUGACUUGCAAAAUGCUCUCGAAUUGAGUAGGAUUGCAAUUAAGGACAACGACAGAGAAAAAUGUACUCCAGCGGAAAUUAAUGAUGAAUUUAUAAAUGAUAAUAAGGAGUUAAAUGCAAAAUUACAAGAAAAGAAUGAUCGCAUUGCUGAAUUGGAUUCCGAGACACGGAAAUUUGUAAAAAUUCUGCAAGAAAAGGAAGCCGAAGUCGCCAGACUAGAAUUUAAAAUUGACGAGUCGAAGCUAAAAAUUAUGAAAUUGGAAGGUAAAGUACAGGAGAAGAACGAAAAGCUAGAGAAAAUGGGAAAAAUAUUGACUGAGUACAUCGGCAAUCCCAACGACACCGAUGAAUUUUUAUUGUUAAGCUCAUCCACGGUGCCUUCAAUUAAGUUGGUGACACUACCUGAUUUCGAACCCUUUGCCUCAGUAUUCGAGGAUAUCCCUUCUGCCGGUCGUGGUUGGAUGGUAAUCCAACGUAGGAUCGAUGGCAGUUUCGAUGACAACAUUGUUUUAAAUCUUGAGACUGGCUGUGGGGAUUUGGCUGGCGAGUUCUGGAUUGGCCUUGAAAAAUUACAUAGGACUUAUGCAAGAUAUGAUCAUUUUGUUAUUGGGGGCUUAAAAGAGGAAUACAAACUGCUUUCCCUCGGCAAAUACUCAGGAAAUGCUGGCGACGCUUUUCGCAGUCACAUAAACCGAAUUGCAACAGGCGGUGUUUUCAGUCCUUCCUCGUUUGAUUCGAAAUGGUGGGGUAUAGGCAACUGCAAUUUAAACGGAAAAUAUAGAACAUCCAAAGUUCUGUUGAACACCCACGAUGGCAUUUGGUGGGGUAAUUGGAAUUUGGGAAAUAGAUUUUCCCUAAAAUCGUGUAAAAUGCUAAUCAGGGCAAGGCCGUGAGCAAAAAUACAAUGGUUUGUAAAAUAACCUUGCCUUAUUUAGUCCCUUCUAUCUGAAAUAAUAGGGGAAAACGAAAGUGGAUUAACAGAUGUACCAUUAAUAUUUGUAAAAUAUUACGUUUUGUGUCAAAAAAAUUUCUAUAAAUCCAAUAAAUUCUGUACUUGCUUGUAAAA